UCCCAAGAAUUAACAAAUAUUUGCAUUAAAGUAUGUAUCCGUGCGAAAUAAUAAUAUAAUAAACGUAUUAUAUUGUACACACGCCAGGGACCGUUUCUUUUCCCAUUUUAAAACUUAAGAAGCAACUCUUGAAAUAUCGUCAUCUGCGUCAAACGAGGGAAACGUGUCUGUUUCGUCAGUCGUUUUAUCAGUUCUAGUUUGGUACAUAGAUAGUCAUAGCUUUGUAGUAAUCUACUGUAAGUUGUCAAAUACGUUUAGGUGGCCGGCUAUUCAAGUAUUCACGUUCAUCGGACCAGCUUUCUGUUUCUGUGUCUGUCCUCUUUUUUGACAUAAUGGACGAAGAUGAGCUGGUAGAGUACUUCCGGACACAGAUGAGACAAGACCCUGAGGUGCCCUCUGCUGUGGCAGCUAUCCGCACUCUUCUGGAGUUUCUCAAAAGAGACCAAAGUGAGACCAUCCUGGGCCUGAGAGAGAACCUGACCCGGACCAUUGGACGUCUAGGGGAGGCAGACUCCUCGGUGGCGGUGUCAUCUGGUGGUGAACUGUUCCUCCGCUUCAUCAGUCUUACAUCACUGGAGCACCCUGAUCUCUCUCAAUGCAAGAAAGUGAUGGUAGAGAGAGGAGAGCUCUUUCUAAAGAAAAUAUCCCUUUCCAGGAGUAAAGUAGCAAAACUCUGUCAUACCUUUAUCAAGGAUGGAGCUAAAAUACUGACACACUCCUCCUCCCGGGUAGUUCUGAAGGUUCUGGAGAGUGCAGCAGCCGACAAGAAACGCUUCACUGUCUACGUCACAGAGUCACAACCAGACUCUGCAGGGCAGAAAAUGGCAGACAAAUUACGGAAACUUAACAUUCCUGUCACAGUGGUUCUCGAUGCUGCUGUGGGGUAUAUCAUGGAAAAGGUGGACUUGGUGAUUGUGGGUGCAGAGGGAGUGGUGGAAAGUGGUGGCAUUAUCAACAAGAUUGGUACCUAUCAACUGGCAGUGUGUUCCAAGGCUCACAAUAAGCCAUUCUACGUUGUGGCAGAAAGCUUCAAGUUUGUCCGACUCUAUCCUUUAAACCAGCAAGAUGUCCCGGACCGAUUUAAGUAUAAAGCAGACACUCUGAAGGCAGUGGAAGACCUAGCAGAAGAACACCCAAUGAUUGAUUACACGCCGCCAUCGCUGAUCACACUUCUCUUCACCGACCUGGGGGUCCUCACUCCUUCCGCAGUCAGUGACGAGCUUAUUAAGUUAUACUUGUAAACCAACUUUAACAUAGUGACUAUAAACACAGACAAUAAAACCAUCAAAUAAUGC